AUGUUGCAAUAUAUGAGAGAACGUAAAAAAUAUGGGAACAAUAUACCAAAAAGUUUAUCAUCAAAAAUAAAUAAAACGAAAUUAAUACAGAAAAAUAUAUGUUCUAAUUAUAAAACCAUUAAAAUAAUUGAUAUAUAUGAAAAUCUUCCUUUUAAUCAAUUAAAUAAUGAAAGAACAAAAAUUAAAGAAAUAAUAUUAGCAUAUGAAGUUAUUAUUGUAUUAUUAAAUUCAGGAAUAUCAAGAGCAUAUGAUAUAGGGACUGGAAUAUUUUUAUGUGAAGUUAAUCCAACUAAUUUUUCGGUUGUUCAUACUAUUGUCUAUAAUUCUUAUAAUAAUACUUUGAUAGUUGCUUAUGCUUCUUUUCCAGCUCAUUUACAAUGUAAAGUUAUUGAUUGCAAUGAUCUAAAAAAAGGAAAAACAAAUUCAUCCCAAUUAGGAUCCUUAUUUGAAAAAGUUGUAUUAAGUCAUCCAGCUUUUUUUGAGUUUUGUGAAACUAAUGGAAGAAUAGGAGCAGCUAAUUUAAAUACGAAUUCUUACACAUUUUGGGAUAUGAUGACUUAUAAACCAGUAUUUGAAAUAGAAGAAGAAUUUCAAGAAAUUAGGGUUUCAGAUGGAUUAGUUGCAAUGUUUAAACAACCAAUAAAUAAUACAAUUCCUUUAUCGUUAUUUGAUAUAGAAAAUGGAGAAAGACUUGUAGAGACAAUUAUAUCAAUUUUGCCUAAGAGAGAAAUGCAAUUCUUAGAACUCCUUGUCUCCAAACUACUAAUAAAACAAGAAGGAUCAUCCUUAAGAAUUUAUGAUUUAUUAAAAAAAACUCGCCAAAAAGUCAAAAAUACAUAUACAUUUCAACCUACGGCUUUUGUAUUUUAUGAUCAUCCAUCCCCUAUAAAUGGAAAAGUUUAUAAUAAUGAUAUAAGUAAAAAAUUUUUUACUAUUUCAAAUGAUUUGAUAGAAUUUUGGGAAUUAGAUUCAUGUAUGUUAAGAAAAAUGUAUGCAAUUUAUGUACCAGGAUUACGAGAUCCUGAUUUAUGUAAUCACAGUUUAAUGACAGAAAUUUUAUGUCUAUAUAGUUCUAAUGCCUUUGAUAAAAUAAAAAAAUAUGAAAAUUUAUUUAAGUAUGUUGAUUAUGUAAAUAAUAAAAAUGAAAUAUGCGAUGAUUCAGAUAUGGAAGAUAAAAAUAUAUUAUAUAAGAAAAAAUUACUAAAUAAUAAUAUUCAAGAUACUAAAUUAAAAUUUGACUUAAAUAAAGAAAAUUUUAAUUUUGGUGCACUUUUAUUUUUUUCAUUAAAUGAUGGAGAAUUUUUAAAUUAUAUAUCUGAAAAUAUAUGUGGCCAUUCUGUUGAAGUAUUGGCUUCUAAUGCAUCAAUGACAACUAUUGUUUGUGGUGAUGAUAAAGGCUUUAUUAGAAUUUUGAGAAAUAAUCCCAAAUUUGAUGAUUUUGAAAUCAAAAGUGCGGAUUCAAUAAAUAAUUUUGAUAAGAAUUAUUACAAAAAUUUAUUUUUACCAAAAGAUAUAAACAUUGAAGACAAUGAAAAAAAAUUACAUCAAAUAAAAAGAAAAACAUAUAGUAAAAAGGAAAAUGAAUUACUAAAAAAACCUAAAACUGAUGAAUAA